AUGACGGUGGUGGAUGAUUAUGUCUUCACUUCAGCUACAAACCAUCAUGAUACAGCUUCACAUUCAAAUACACUUCAUAGAAGAUAUCCUUCUGUUCCUACAAUAAAAGAGAUUCCUAAUAGAAAUGCAUUUAAUCCAACAUAUCAUAAAAAACAUGCAUUCCAAUCAAAUAGAAAUACAUUGAUAGGUGAAGUUGGAUCAAUAGGUAAAGCUCCAACUAUUGAAUCAACAAUUAUAUCACCAACUGUUACAAGAAAAAAUUCCAUUAUAAGGCAAAAAAAAAGACAUAUGAUUAGUUCAAAAGAAUUAAAGAAUAAAUUUUUUUAUCCUGUUAAUGCACCAAAGAGGAAAAAAUCUAGAAGAGGUAAAUUUAGAAAUAGUUUUGAAUUAAAUUCAAGUAUGAAUUAUAUUAAUAUAGAUUCAUCAAUGUCAAAAGAUCUUUGUUUAAAUCAACAAGUUAAAGCUUAUGAAUUACCCCCAAAGGAAUUAAUUAAAUUAGAACCUAAAUUAAAAGAAACUACAAAAGCUAUAACAAUUGAUUCCAAAAAUAAUUAUAUCAUUUAUACCCCAAAUCCAACAGCUGGUAAAAAUUCAUUAAUAUCAGAUCCUGAACAAAUCUUGGAUCAAGAAUUAUUAAAAUUAGGUACACCAAUAACUUUUAAUAAGGCAAAUACACCAAUUUUACCAGAAUAUGAAUUUGAAAGACCUUAUUUCAAUAGAUAUGAUACUUUCCCUAAAGAAGAUCCAAUUUCUUAUUUACAUCGUACAAGAUCAUUACCACCAAAAUUUAAUAAUAAAGAAGGUAUUGAAGAGCUAUGGAAAUUAUAUUUAAGAAGAGUUAUAAGUGCAAGAAUUAAAUGGAGAUUAGAAAAUUUGAACAAAGAAUUAAAACCAGGUUUUAAUCCAAGAAGGAAAAGUGCAUCAAGUUCAGUUGAUACAAGUUAUUUCAUGAGUACUUUAUUAAAACAAAAUGGUAAAAUUCCACAAACUUAUAAAUCUUCAAGUUCUGAUGAUUAUUUUGAUGAUAUUGAAUCUUCAGAUAAGGAUGAAGAUACUGAUGAAGGUGAUGAUGAAAUUAAUGAACCUGUUACAGAUGAAGAUAUUAACUCUAUAAAUUCAAAUCAUGAUAAUAAUGGUAAUAGUUACAGUCCUGAUGAAAAUUCAGCACAUCGUAGGACUGGUAAUUUAUCAAGAGUUGUUUAUCAUUCAGGAGAUAAUUCAGAAUAUUAUAGAGGAUCUUUAGAAAGUUUAUUGAAUGAAAUGAGAUCAAUCAUUGAAUGA